AUGCCGUCCCUGCGGUCAUGGGUGUGUGCGUGUCUCGUGGUUGUGACGUGGAGGGAGCUAGACCUCCGUCUGUCUGGUCAGUCUUGUGGCACGGUGUCAGGACAAACUACUGAUGAAACAACGUCGAUGGUGACUGAAGAAACCACAGCCAUGACAUCUGAACAGACAUCUACCCCUCAAACAGCAGAGCACACAUCUGUACAAACCACUGCUCCUCCAACUACGCCACUUACAACCGAGAAGGCCACUGCUACCUCAGUAUUAUCAACCACAGGUAAAACAACUAGUGAAACGACGAUGCCUCCGACAACGCUGGCUACAACAGAAGAUGUCACAACAACCACAGUUACAGCGAAUGAAACAACUGCGACAUCAAUGCUAUUUACUACGGGUAUAACAACUGAAGAAACAACAAUUCCUCCACAAACCUCGGCAGUGUCAACUCCACAGACAUCUACAUUUCAAACAACACAACAUACAACUGAACAAACAACCGCCCCUUCAACUACACUACUUACAACUGAAGAACUCACUGUAACAUCAACACUUUCAACCACAGGUGUAACAACAGAAGAAACAACCAUGCCUCAGUCAACAUCAAUAACGACUGUCGUGUCAACACAAAAUACAACCGAGCACUCUACAGUCCCUCCAACUACACUACUUACAACUGAAGAGCUGGCAACUACAUCUAUACUAUCAACCACAGGCAAAACAACUGAAGAAACAACAAUGCCUCCGUCAACAUCAAUAGCGACUGAUGAAACAACGGUCGUGUCAACUCCACAAUACACAACCGAACACUCUACAGUCCCUCCAACUACACUAGUUACAGCGGAUGAAACAACUGCUACAUCAAUGCUAUUAACUACAGGUAAAACAACUGAAGAAACAACCAUGCCUCCACAAACCUCUGUGGUGUCAACUCCACAGACAUCUACAUCUCAACCAACACAACAUACCACUGAACAAACAACCGCCCAUUCAACUACACUCCUUACAACUGAAGAACUCACUGUUACAUCAACACCUUCAACCACAGGUGUAACAACUGGAGAAACAACCAUGCCUCAUCCCUCCAACUACACUACUUACAACUGA